CCACGCUUAAAUACAGCCAGAUGUAAAAACAUCAAUCGCAACCAUCGACCCCGUCCUGAGAUUGAAUCCGAAGACGACGCGAGACCCAAGAAGACGAGCUACCCCGACGAUGCCUCCCCCGAAAAGAAAGCGUUCGAGUCAAGCGCCCGACCCGGACAACCAUGCACGCAACAAGCGGUUCGCCUACCUCAAGCCUCAAGUCAGGCAGGUCUCGGAGAGGACGAUCAAGGGCAAGUGGUCGACACUUCCUGAGCCCGCCCAAGAUAAAGUCCGUGAUAUGUUCCGAGCCUUGGAGCGGCCAGUUAUCAUGCGACAACAGAAUGAGAGCAAGCGCAUCGAAGCGCAGGCAGCUGUGCAAACCCUUGUGAAGAACUUGGCAAAACGACUGCCGCGGAUGCCGUUCCCUCCCAUCGCGCGAGAUACAGUCUUUGAGUAUGAAGCAGCGCUUAAAGAACAUUGCGCGUUAGAGGCCUCUUUAGCUACGAUGAAUGAUAGUAUUGAUCUAUUGAAGGUGGAAGUAGAGAAGGAGGAAGCGCUACUGGAGAAGGAGAGAAGACAACUUCAGGAAAUGGAGAGGAAUGCAAAGGGAAUUGAGUUGGAGAGGAAGAGGCAGAUGAAGAAUGAACAUCCGGUGCUACGAGAAUUGAGCAACGUCCCUGAUGAUCGUGACUCUAACCAGGCGGGGUUCACCAUCGCAAAUGACAUUGAUGCUAAUGUCAUGUUUGACGAGCUUGAGGCCGAUCCAGAUGUUCUUGGUUUGUUGGAACAAUUGAAUGACCAUCUCAAAUCGAUGCAAAAUAACACGACGCCUCUAACUGGGCUGAGAGAUGCAGUGGCAAGAUCUCAAGCCGCACUGAGUUUGACUUUCGUGCCUGAUGAUUGAACCAAUUCCUAAAAACAACGAGUACAAAACCUCCUCAUAUGCUAUGCCGGCUGCUCAUUCCGGGCGGGUAUCCAACCACAGUGCAGCGGAUUCUGCACAAUCAGCUUGUCAUGAUCGAAGCCCGGUCAUUUGUGAUUCCAAGCAGUGAAGGAU